AUGGGCGACUUCUGUGCCGAAGUACUAAGACGAGCGCAGGACGCAAUCUUCGAGACCUACACCGUCCAAUCCGCCUCCACAGACAAUGUCAUCAAUCUACGGGUGCCCCUCUCCCACCUCCACCGUGCGCUCCGCUCCGCACUGUCCGCAACCAGUGCCUCCAUCCGCCUCACGAAGAAAGACAACAUCCCCCUCCUAAGCCUGACCAUCACGACCUCCAACUUCGCCACCGCACGCGCCCUGAACAAUAUUACCACUACCACCAUCGACCCUCCCUCUCAAUCGCUCGACCCUACUAACGACAACCAAAACAAUGCCAACCCUGCUCCCAAUCCACGACCAGACGCCCCUACCGACGACGACAGCCUCCAAACCAAUGCCCCGACCUCCUUCGACAGAGAAACCACCAUAACACAGGAAAUCCCCAUCAUGGUCCUCCCGGCAGCAGAAGUAUCCCACCUCCACGAGCCCGUGUGCCCACAACCCGACAUCCACAUCCUUCUCCCCCCACUUGCACAGAUAAAAUCCGUCUCAGAGCGCUUCACAAAACUCGCCCUCUCCUCCCACCAACUCACCACGCACUCGGCCUCUUCCUCCCGCCGGGGAGGAGCAACCCAAGGCCCCUCCACCGCCGACGCCCCAUCCUCAGCAUCCCGCCUAACGCUCUCAGCAAACGCAAACGGCGAGUUUAAGAUCGCCGUCGAAACGCCCAGCCUGAAGAUUGAGAGUAAAUGGCAGAACCUCACGAACCCAGAGCUCGACCCGGCGCAGAUUGAGGGAGGGGAAGACGGCGUAGCGGGGCACGCGAGCACGGUGAUGAAAGAGAGGGCGGCCCGGGGGGAAGAUUCGUGGGCGAGCGUGAGGGUGGAGGGGAGGGACUGGGGGCGCGUUCUGAGUAUUGGACGGAUGGGCGGGGGGAGUAGGGUCGUGGCGUGUUUUUGUGAUGGGCAUGCGCUGGUGCUUUAUGUGUAUUUGGAGGAUCAGGAGGCCUUUGGGGGCGGGGGUGUUGGGGAGGCGGAAGGGGGGAGUGUUUUGACGGUGAGUAAGCGUUGGGUGAGGGAGAUGGGGCUGUUGCUGACCAUGAAGCAGUAUUAUAUUGCUAGCUACAGCGCUUGA